GACGGAAAGCGGCAGCUGGGGGACGGCAACGCCGGGGUGACCCCCCCUUCCCCCUCCGCGGCCGGGGAAGAUGGAGCUCGGUUAGUGAGGGCGCGGGAGGAGCGGCGGCAGCAGGCACAUGAUACUGCAGAGCUUCACAGUCAGAAGUAAAAUCACCUGGACAGUUGCCUCCUGCCUUCCUAAAUAGGGAGAAGGUGGGUUUUCUGGUGUGGGUGCCUGCCUCUUUUGCUUCACCAAGAUGAGAUAGGCAUGCAGGAGAGAAGGGAGAUUUUUGCAAGUACAACCCACCAUGAUUUCUCAGGGGACAAAAUUUUGCUUAUUCAUACCUUCUACUGUGGCAAAACCAGAUUAUUUUUCUCACCAAAAACCAGGAGCAUAAUGCCCAUCUGACACAUGCCUCCAGGAACUCUUCUUUAAAGUCUGUUGUAAUUUCUUUCUCUGUAGCUGUGGUACAAGCAAGAGCCAACCAGUAUCAUCUGCUGCCAGUAGGAAAUCUCCAAACUAGUACUUACCCUUGGCACACAGUAAAGCUGCAGCUGAGCCUGAGAGGAGGAAUUAACAGGAAAAAUUAAUUCAUGUUCAAAGAUGGAUGCCUUCUAGCCGACCAGCAAGUCCUGCUGCUGCAUGUCUGGCAGCACCUCUGAAUGAUCACAUGACUCUUGAUAUGGAUGCAGUCCUGUCAGACUUUGUUCGGUCCACAGGGGCAGAACCAGGUCUGGCGAGAGACUUACUGGAAGGCAAAAAUUGGGACUUGACAGCAGCAUUGAAUGACUAUGAGCAGCUCCGACAGGUACACACAGCCAACCUGCCACAGGCGUUCAACGAGGGCAGAUACCACAAGCAGCAGGAGCCAGAGCAGCCUCCCCAGGUGACAAAGGCAGAGCGGCCCUGCCUGCAAAGGCAGGAUGACAUUGCUCAAGAAAAGCGUCUUUCCAGAGGUAUUUCUCAUGCCAGCUCAGCCAUAGUCUCUCUUGCUCGAUCACAUGUAGCAAAUGAGUGCAGCAACGAACAGUUUCCUUUGGAGAUGCCCAUCUACACAUUCCAACUGCCAGACCUUAGCGUGUACAGUGAAGACUUCAGAAGCUUCAUUGAGCGUGACUUAAUUGAGCAGGCAACGAUGGUUGCUUUGGAGCAAGCAGGACGACUGAAUUGGUGGUCCACGGUGUGUACAAGCUGCAAACGUCUUCUUCCCUUAGCUACAACCGGUGAUGGAAACUGCCUCUUGCAUGCUGCAUCUUUAGGUAUGUGGGGAUUUCAUGACCGGGACCUUGUUCUACGUAAAGCACUCUAUACGAUGAUGAGAAGUGGAGCUGAAAGGGAAGCGCUGAAAAGAAGAUGGAGAUGGCAACAGACACAGCAGAAUAAGGAGUCAGGUUUAGUGUAUACGGAAGAAGAAUGGGAACGGGAGUGGAAUGAACUGCUUAAACUGGCAUCGAGCGAGCCUCGCACACAUUUCAGCAAAAACGGAGGCACUGGUGGUGGAGUGGACAAUUCAGAAGAUCCAGUCUAUGAGAGCUUAGAAGAGUUCCAUGUUUUUGUCUUAGCCCAUAUUUUGAGAAGACCUAUUGUUGUAGUAGCAGACACCAUGUUACGAGACUCAGGGGGAGAAGCGUUUGCACCUAUACCAUUUGGAGGAAUUUAUUUGCCACUUGAAGUUCUACCUAACAGAUGCCAUUGCUCACCUCUCGUGCUAGCCUAUGAUCAGGCCCAUUUCUCUGCUCUUGUUUCCAUGGAACAAAAAGAUCAACAGAGAGAACAAGCGGUGAUCCCCCUGACUGACUCUGAACACAAGUUGCUGCCUUUGCACUUUGCGGUCGAUCCUGGGAAAGACUGGGAGUGGGGAAAAGAUGACAAUGAUAACACCAGACUGGCCAAUUUGAUUCUGUCUCUUGAGGCAAAGCUUAAUCUUCUGCACAGCUAUAUGAAUGUAACAUGGAUACGCAUACCAUCUGAGACACGGCAGGCCCCUUUGGCGCAACCAGAAUCCCCUACAGCUUCAGCUGGGGAAGAUGUUCAGUCUCUGGCUGACUCAAUGGACUCGGACCGAGAUUCCAUCUGUAGUAAUUCGAAUGGCAAUAAUGGCAAAAACAGUAAAGAAAAAGAAAAGGACAAGCAGAGGAAAGAUAAAGACAAAACCAGGACGGAUUCAGUUGCCAAUAAAAUAGGAAGCCUCAGUAAAACCCUGGGAAUUAAAUUGAAAAAGAAUAUGGGUGGUCUUGGAGGCCUGGUGCAUGGUAAAAUGAGCAGAGCCAAUUCAGGGAAUGGGAAAAAUGGUGAUGCAGUAGAGAAAGUCAAAGAGAAGAAAUCCAAGUCUCGAAAAGGGAGCAAAGAGGAGUCUGAACAGUCUGCGAGCACUUCUCCAUCUGAAAAGACCACUCCAUCCCCGACUGACAGAGCGAGCAACUCACCCGUCGAAAAGACGAACGCUAAAUCCUUCCCUGACAAGCAGUCCGACCCGUGGAAGUACAGCACUGACGUGAAACUCAGCCUCAAUAUUCUGAGAGCUGCCAUGCAGGGGGAACGGAAGUUUAUUUUUGCUGGCCUUCUCUUGACCAGUCACAGGCAUCAGUUCCACGAGGAGAUGAUAGGCUACUACCUGACCAGUGCACAGGAGCGUUUCAAUGCGGAACAGGAACAGAAAAGAAAGGAUGCUGAGAAAAAGGCUGCACUGAAUGGGUCAUCUAGUAGGAAACUGGAGCCAGAAGCAUAUUCAAAAGAAAAAUCCGAAACAUCUCCUCAGGAUAGGGCAUCACCCGUCUUGCCUCAAAGCCAUACAACUCAGCUGGUUUUAAAAUUUAAAGACCGCACUAGCCCCACUCCUGGGUCAUUUUCUUCACCAAGUAACGGUGCUAAGAAAAGUGGACCCAUUCCAGUAUCUGCCCACUAUAGCCAUACGCCACCUGUCCAAAGGCAAAGUGUCAUCCAUUUGCAUGAUGUCAACUCCAAGCCAUCGAGCUUCCAAGAUGAUACCUACAAGCCAGUGGUUGGCACCCUAAAGACCUGUGCCACCUAUCCCCAACAGAACAGAUCACUGUCUUCUCAGAGCUAUAGCCCAGCCCGGAUAUCCGGUAUCCGCACGGUGAACACGGUGGAAUCGCUGAGCUAUGCCAUGCCUACUGAACACAAGUCUCAGACAUACACAAAUGGGUUCAAUACUGGUGAUAUUAGAGACUGCUUAGAAUAUGCUGAUGAGGAUGCUCCACAGACCUGGUUGAACAAUGAUAAAAAUCAAGGCAGAAGCACAGUUUGCCCAAUCUAUUCCAUCCAGCAGAACCGCUGUAAGAAGGAGAACUGUUCCUUCUAUGGUCGUCCUGAGACUGACAAUUACUGUUCAUACUGCUACAAAGAGGAGUUAAAGCGCAGGGAGAGAGAAAGCAAGGGACACAGGCAUUGAGGAUGCUCCCGUGACUACUUAGUUUUACCAUUUUCUUACUUACAAAGUAAACAGUGUGGAAUGGCAGCAGAAGGAAUCCUUACAAAAAGAAUAAAGGAUUGAUGAGUAAAUAGUGUCUAGCUUUUCGCUUUUCCGGGGCAAUGAGGAAAUGAUAGGAUUAAUUUAUCAUAAAAACAAAAAUAUUAUUUUC